CACAUCAUCAUCUUUUUCUUCGUGGGUUCUCUCUGGUCGGAGCGAGAAAGCUUUCCCAACUCUUUCUUGGGGGGAUUAGGGUUUAUAAUUCCACAGCGCAAAAGAAUAUUCCUCAGCUACGUACGAAUCCAGGAGCUUCUCGAAUCCGUCUUCUUCGACCGCGCUAGAUUCUCCGAUUCGGGAAGGUGUCCAAAUCGACCUAAAGCGGCGGCGGUAGAGAGAGCGGGAGCGGGACGGAUUCCGCGUUUCCAGGACGCCGGCGCGGAUCUCUGACUGCAAUCGAGUUAGAUGACAUUGUGUUCUUCCGCUGCAAUCUGAGACUGAUAUCAUUCUCUGGAUAGACCCUGCCUUUCUAGUCUGUGUGUAUCAAAUCAUUUACUGGCAGCUGUGCACUGCCGAACUGCCGAUAUACUUGAGGCAAGUUGAUGGAUCCCGAAAACAAAAAAUUUGGAAGAGGCCCCAGAGAACUUACAGGUGCUGCUGAUCUUAUUAGCCGCUUCAAAUUGUUGCCUCAUUAUGACUACUUCUGCAAGAGACCACUUCCAUUAGCAAUUUCAGAUACCCACUAUCUUCAUAAUGUGGUUGGAGAUGCUGAAAUUAGGAAAGGCGAAGGGAUGCAAUUGGAUCAGCUUAUUGAUGAUACUUCCAUUUCAAAAGAGAUGAAUACAGUGAUAAAGCCAUUUGAUUUGGAUGUUUUGGGAGAAGCUUUUCAUUUGAGGGAAACUUGUCCAAUUGAUCUCCCAACUUCCGAAAAGGGAAUUCCCACUACGGGGGGAAAAUCUAAGAACGAGUCCAAAGAAAAGGAGAAGAAGCAUAAAAGGCACAAGGACAAGGACAAAGAUAAGGACAAGGAUAGAGAACAUAAAAAGCACAAACAUCGUCACAAGGACCGAAGUAAAGACAAGGAUAAAGAGAAAAAGAAAGAUAAAAAUGGCCAUCAAGAUUCUGGUGCUGAGCAUUCAAAGAAGCAUCGCGAUAAGAAAAGAAAGCACGAUGGAGAGGAUGAUACCAAUGAUCACAGACACAGGAAGAGCAAGCACAAGAGCUCAAAGAUUGAUGACGUUAGUGCAAUAAAGGUAGCAGGCUAACAAAUGGCAUGGAGUAUCCGUUGUUUUAUUUUUUGUCCUCAGAUUUUUUGCAGUUGAAAAUCUGAAGGGAUCUUUUUACCUACUAUUAUGGUUCUUUUUGGAGAAUAGUAUAUGGGGCGAAGAGAGAUUGAUGACAAGGUGAAACUUGUCAUGUUGAAGUAAAUUAAUGAAGUUGCAGUAAAGGGUGAUCCCUUCUUAUGUCACAUUGGGUUUCACAAUGGUUUUGUCUGUUACAUUAUCCUCUUUGACAAACUCUAAUCUAAAUGUGGCUUUUACAAGUAGGCCAAACAAGCGCAAGCUUGUCGGAUAGUUGAGCAUAGAACCAGACACACUUAAAUUUAUGUGGUUUCAGCUUGAGGGUCUGACUUCUGGUCUUCUAUUUGUACUUUACUUUGUAGAUAUCCAUUUUUGGGUGGGAAUGUGGUUUGGAUUUGUCUCUAAUAUAAGUUCAGAUGUUGUCCUUGAUUGUUGCAAAACAUGUUCUUGUUGUACAUACAUAUAACAUAGAGAAAUAAAAAUCAAGUCUUUUU